AUGUGUGACACUGCUGCUCAUGAAGAUAUGGAUAAUUUUAUUGAAUAUGAAUUUAGCCGAGAUGAUUGCAUAGAAAUCGAUGACGGCAGUCAACAUGACGAACACCACGUCGUUGGCGAGGAAUAUGGUGGUGGAAUCUACAUGCAUGACGACUAUGAAAUUGUGGAAGCCCUUGAGGAUGAAGAGGAUGUGGAGCAACAGAUUGGCCACAAUGCCAUUAUUAUAAAACCGGAAAUAAUGGAAGCUGAUAAUCAUCAAGAAAGUGUACUGCUAAUGAAGACAGAACACUUGGAAGGGGACCACCAAACAGUGACAGGAAAUAUUCACGGGGGUUAUGGUGUUGAUGAUGAUGAAUUCGAAUAUGAAGAACAUGUGGAGGAGGCCGUGGAUGAUGAUUUGGAGCCUCAUCAUGACACAACAACAACAGCACAAAUUGAGACACUUGUACCUGAAAAACUUGAAAAAGCCACUGGGGAAAUAAAAGAAUCCAAAGAAGAGGUUAAUACAGAGGGAGACGAUAAAGAAAAGGUUACCUCACAAAACACAGUCCACAGACGUUAUAUGCUAUUUGAUGAACUGGUGGCCUGCAUUGUCGACUAUGAUCCCGAUGGCACCCCCAUUGUGGAAUUUUCCAUAUCCAACGCCGAGACUGACGAAAAACUACCCAUGGAAUGUGGCAUUUGUCCGGAAAUAAUGUCAAGGGGGAAAAUUGCCAAACAUUUGAAAACCCAUUUGGUACCGGGCACUAAUCGUUAUCAAUGCGUAUACUGUGAUGAAACCUACAAGGACUGUAAAUAUUUGGCGGGCCAUGCCAGACGCCAUAUGGGCAUACGACCAUAUGUUUGUGAAAUUUGUAAAUUGUAUUUCUCGACCAAGCAAGAUCUGAGGGUACACAAUCAACGGCGCCACCAAGAAAAGGAUCACAUUUGUGAGGUUUGUGGCAAGACGUUUGCCCAGAAUACCCAGCUGAAGAGGCAUCGUGAGGCCACCCAUGAGAAGAAGCGGCGAUUUCAAUGUGAACAUUGUCCCAAAUCGUAUUAUAAAAAUUUCAGCCUGCAGGAACAUGUUAGGGCCGUGCACAUGGGCAAACGACGGAUGAUUGUCUGCCCCUUCUGUGGUAUGCAAUGUCGUGAUGCCCACAAAAUGGCCAGGCACCGCAAGAUGAUGCAUUUACACCAGACCCAUUUUGAGUGUCAGAUAUGUAACGAGGAAUUUACCGAUAUUAAUUACUUCGAUGCCCAUAAACGUUCCAUACAGUGCCGAAAUAAUACCAGGCGUAAAAUGGAAGAAGAGGCCCUGCUGCGGGAACAGAAUGAACAGCAGGAAAUGCAACAGCAACAGGAGGAAGAACAAUUGCCACCUAAAACAGAAACUUUGGUGCAACAUGAAAAUGUCGAUCUAAUCGAUGCCAAUGAACAGUAUAUAAAUGAAUUUGUGGAUGACGAAGAGGAGGAGGAUGGUAUGGUUAUGUCGACAGGACAAAUAAUCAACGAAGAAGACAUUAAACAUUUUAUACCUCACCACCAUCAGCAGCAGCAACAUCGUCAUCAAAGUGGACAAUUUCUAAUCAACCAACAGCAUCACAAAGUCGAACUGAUAAAUGCCGAAGAUGUUAACGAUGACGAUGAAUUAGUAUAUGAAAUAACCAUAGAUAGUAAUGAAUAG